UUUUUUUUUUCUUUUUCUACUGCCUUGCAUGAAUCGGAUGUGAUAAAUAUUCAUAAAAGGAUGGUUUUAUUGAAUAUAACAGAUACACUAGAAGAAAGAGUGAAUUAUAUUCAACAAUUACCAAGUUAUCGACAUUAUGUCCCGAUCAUCUCAUCUAGUAUAAUUGGGUUCUAUCUUAUCGUUUAUUGUGUCCGGUAUUUUUAUUGGCGACAAAGACAAAAGAAAAGAAAAAUAAGGCUGUUGGAAUAUGAAAAACUUCGAUGGACAUGGUAUCAAAAACAACAUGAAUUCUACUUGGACGAUAUGGCCAAUAAGAAAAAAAAGAAAAAGGGAUUAAAAAGGAAGGAGGAUGAUAUGAAUGAAAAAAAUACUUCAUUGAAUGAUGAUGAUGAUGAUGAUCAGAAUACUAUCAGUCAAGUCCAUCCUUCCUCUACCUAUCAUCAUCAUCAUCAUCAAGAUACUUUUAUUCCUAUGCUUCCCUCUUGUCAUGUUAAGAAUGGUUCAUCCUUUUAUUCUUCAUCACCUUCAACCACUACCACUUUGGCAUGUUCCAAACAAGAUCAUGACUCACUACCACCAUUAACUCUUCCUUCUCCCAUCAUGAAAAGUACAACAAGACAUCAUCAUCAUCAUCAUCAUCAUCAGCAUCAGAUGAUAAAUCAUUCUAUGGAUAAUACAAUGGUAGGUACGAAAAUGAUUUUAACACCAUCAGCAACCAUACCUUCUCCAAGUACUACUAACAGAUCACUAUCCUUAUUCUCAUCAUCAUCAUCCGUGCCAUCAUCAUCGUCAUCCUUACCAUCUUCACCAUCAUCAUACUCGUUUGGAAAAAAACCAUCGUCCGUUCUUGAGACUGAUCACUGAAUCCAAUCGAUUUUCUAUUCCAUCAUCCUCAUCGUUAUGGUCCUUUUAUGAAACCGAAGAAAG